AUGCUGCUUCAUGUUUCCACUGCAUAUGUAGCUUGUGAGCAACAAGGGCUUUUAUUGGAGAAGCCAUUUCAGAUUAGCGAAAUGAUAAAACAAGGUUGCCAUUUGGAUAUCGAUGCUGAGUUAAAGUUGGUAGAUUCUAUCAAGGCAGAUCUUAUGCACUCAAGUGGUAACUCAGAGCAGUUAGAGAAGAAAACCAUGAAGAAACUUGGAUUGAAGAGGGCUAGACACUUUGGAUGGGCAAACACAUAUGUGUUCACGAAGGAUAUGGGUGAGAUGCUUCUUGAGCACUUCAGGGGUCCCCUUCCAGUUGUAGUUGUUCGUCCCAGUAUGGUAACCAGCAUUUACCAUGACCCGUUGCCUGGCUGGAUAGAAGGGACUAGGACAAUUGAUACUAUAAUAGCUGCUUAUGCCAAGCAAACCAUUCCACGUUUUAUUGGCCAUGGUGAUGUCAUCCUUGAUGUGAUUCCUGGAGACAUGGUGGUGAAUGCAAUGGUGGCAGCGAUGGCCAUUCACUGGAAUGAGAAAGGCCAAGUUGUCAUCCAUGUGACCUCGUCCUUGCAAAAUCCGUUGUCUACCGCUACCACAUUGGAUAUAAUGUAUCGCUACUUUUCCACUAACCCCGCAGAUAGGAAAGAAUAG